AUGGCCGCGGCGGCGGGCGGCGGCGGGCUGGGGGCGACGGCGGGCGCUGCGGGUCUGGGAGGCGCGGCGACGGCCGCGGGCCUGGCAGUUUAUCGGCGGAAGGACGGUGGCCCGACCAGCAAGUUUUGGGAGAGCCCAGAGACGGUGUCCCAGCUGGAUUCGGUGCGGGUCUGGCUGGGCAAGCACUACAAGAAGUAUGUUCAUGCAGAUGCUCCUACCAAUAAAACACUGGCUGGGCUGGUGGUACAGCUGCUCCAGUUCCAGGAAGAUGCCUUUGGGAAACAUGUCACCAACCCGGCCUUCACCAAACUCCCUGCAAAAUGUUUCAUGGAUUUCAAAGCUGGAGGCACCUUGUGUCACAUUCUUGGGGCUGCUUACAAAUAUAAAAAUGAACAGGGAUGGCGGAGGUUUGAUUUACAGAAUCCAUCCCGAAUGGAUCGUAAUGUUGAAAUGUUUAUGAACAUUGAAAAAACAUUGGUGCAGAGCAAUUGUCUGACCAGACCCAACAUCUACCUCAUUCCAGACAUUGAUCUGAAGUUGGCUAACAAAUUGAAAGAUAUAAUCAAACGACAUCAGGGGACAUUUACUGAUGAGAAGUCAAAAGCUUCCCACCACAUUUAUCCGUAUCCUUCCUCACAAGAGGAUGAAGAGUGGUUGAGACCUGUGAUGAGAAAAGACAAGCAGGUGUUAGUGCAUUGGGGGUUUUACCCAGACAGCUAUGAUACUUGGGUCCAUAGUAAUGAUGUUGAUGUGGAAAUUGAAGAUCCACCAAUUCCAGAAAAGCCAUGGAAGGUUCAUGCAAAAUGGAUUUUGGACACUGAUGUUUUCAAUGAAUGGAUGAAUGAGGAGGAUUAUGAGGUGGAUGAGAACAGGAAGCCCGUGAGUUUUCGUCAGCGAAUUUCAACAAAGAAUGAAGAGCCAGUCAGAAGUCCAGAGAGAAGAGAUAGAAAAGCAUCAGCUAAUGCUCGAAAGAGGAAACAUUCACCUUCCCCUCCACCUCCCACACCCACAGAAUCCCGGAAGAAGAGCGGGAAGAAAGGCCAAGCUAGUCUUUAUGGGAAGCGGAGAAGUCAGAAAGAGGAAGAUGAGCAAGAAGAUCUUACCAAGGACAUGGAAGACCCAACACCUGUACCCAACAUAGAGGAGGUGGUUCUUCCAAAAAAUGUAAACCCAAAGAAAGAUAGUGAAAAUACACCUGUUAAAGGAGGAACUGUAGCAGAUCUAGAUGAGCAGGAUGAAGAAACAGUCACAACAGGAGGAAAGGAAGAUGAAGAUCCUGGCAAAGGUGAUCAGAGUCGGUCAGUUGACCCUGGUGAAGAUAAUGUGACAGAGCAGACCAAUCACAUUAUUAUUCCUAGCUAUGCAUCGUGGUUUGAUUAUAACUGUAUUCAUGUGAUUGAACGGCGUGCUCUUCCUGAGUUUUUCAAUGGAAAAAACAAAUCCAAGACUCCAGAGAUAUACUUGGCAUAUCGAAAUUUUAUGAUCGACACAUACCGCCUAAAUCCCCAGGAAUAUUUAACCAGCACUGCUUGUCGGAGGAACUUGACUGGAGAUGUAUGUGCUGUGAUGAGGGUUCAUGCCUUUUUAGAGCAGUGGGGGCUUGUUAAUUACCAAGUGGAUCCAGAAAGUCGACCCAUGGCAAUGGGACCUCCUCCGACUCCUCAUUUCAAUGUAUUAGCUGAUACCCCCUCUGGGCUUGUACCUCUACACCUUCGAUCACCUCAGGUUCCUGCUGCUCAGCAGAUGUUAAAUUUUCCUGAGAAGAACAAGGAAAAACCAAUUGAUUUGCAGAACUUUGGUCUUCGUACUGACGUUUACUCCAAGAAAACCUUAGCAAAGAGUAAAGGUGCUAGUGCUGGAAGAGAAUGGACUGAACAGGAGACACUUCUACUGCUGGAGGCUCUGGAGAUGUAUAAGGAUGAUUGGAACAAAGUGUCAGAACAUGUUGGAAGUCGCACGCAGGAUGAGUGCAUCCUCCACUUUUUGAGGCUUCCCAUUGAGGACCCAUACCUUGAGAAUUCUGAUGCUUCCCUGGGGCCCCUGGCCUACCAGCCUGUCCCCUUCAGUCAGUCAGGAAACCCAGUCAUGAGCACUGUUGCUUUUUUGGCAUCUGUGGUGGAUCCUCGUGUGGCAUCUGCUGCAGCCAGAGCGGCUUUGGAAGAGUUUUCUCGAGUCCGGGAGGAGGUACCACUGGAAUUGGUGGAAGCUCACGUCAAAAAAGUACAAGAAGCAGCACGAGCCUCUGGGAAAGUGGAUCCCACCUAUGGGUUGGAGAGCAGCUGCAUUGCAGGCACAGGGCCAGAUGAGCCAGAGAAGCUUGAAGGAGCUGAAGAGGAAAAAAUGGAAACAGAUACUGAUGGUCAGCAGCCUGAAAAGGCUGAAAACAAAGGAGAGAAUGAAAUGGAUGAAAGUGAUAAAGCUCAAGAUGGAGAAAAUGAAAAAAAUAGUGAGAAAGAACAGGAUAGUGAAGUUAGUGAAGAUACCAAAUCAGAAGAAAAGGAGACUGAAGAGAACAAGGAACUCACUGAUACUUGUAAAGAAAGAGAAAGUGAUAUUGGGAAGAAGAAAGUAGAACAUGAAAUUUCUGAAGGAAAUGUAGCCACAGCCGCAGCAGCUGCUCUUGCCUCAGCUGCAACCAAAGCCAAGCACUUGGCUGCCGUGGAAGAGAGAAAGAUCAAGUCUCUGGUAGCUCUCCUGGUUGAGACACAAAUGAAGAAACUGGAGAUCAAACUUAGACAUUUUGAGGAACUGGAAACCAUCAUGGACAGAGAGAAAGAAGCUUUAGAACAACAGAGGCAGCAGUUGCUUACUGAACGCCAGAACUUCCACAUGGAACAGCUGAAAUACGCUGAGUUGCGAGCCCGACAGCAAAUGGAACAGCAGCAGCAUGGGCAGAACCCUCAACAGGCACACCAGCACUCAGGAGGACCUGGCCUGGCACCACUGGGAGCAGCAGGGCACCCUGGCAUGAUGCCUCAUCAGCAGCCCCCUCCCUACCCUCUGAUGCACCACCAGAUGCCACCACCUCAUCCACCCCAGCCAGGUCAGAUACCAGGUCCAGGUUCCAUGAUGCCUGGGCAGCCCAUGCCAGGCCGCAUGAUGUCCACCGUUGCAGCCAACAUCCACCCCCCUGGGAGUGGCCCUACCCCUCCUGGUAUGCCUCCAAUCCCAGGAAACAUCUUAGGACCCCGGGUACCCCUCUCGGCACCUAACGGCAUGUAUCCCCCUCCGCCGCAGCAGCAGCCACCUCCUCCACCACCUGCAGAUGGAGUCCCUCCACCUCCUGCUCCAGGCCCACCAGCCUCGGCUGCGCCCUAACCUGGAAGAUGCAGGGGACGUCCACGCCCUGCGCCACCAGCUGGAGUGGGGAUGACAGGACUUGUGUUCCUCAGCUUCCUUGGGUUUCUUUCAGGAUUUUUCUUCUUGCAGCCCCAAGCACACAUCCCAUAUUUCCCCAUUUCUCUUGCCACCCCUGUCCGUGCUCUGACAUGUCUUGGGUUAGGUCCUCCUCCAACUCUCAGGGGGAAGCCUGUGGUGACAGUGUGCCCUGGUCAUCCUAAAAAUACCCAGCGUCUCCCUGUCCUGGUAUGGGGUAUGCUGACAGUUUAUCUGCAGGUCCUGUCAACAUUAGUGUUUCUAUGUCUGUCAUUUUUGCUCUCCUGCAGUUUUUUUGCUUUGUCUUAUGCUUUUAUGGAUAAUGCUUUAUAAUCAUUAUCUUUUUCUUUUGG